ACACACACAAGCAGGUUUUGCAUGAUUGGCAUGCCACAUUGCGAAUAGACACACACUAGGGCCACUUACUGCCUGACAAAGGCAUUCUGGAAAGGGUCGCAGAGAGUUUAGUCAACGAACGGCGUGGGUUCACAAUCCAAACGAGCAAAGGACGCAGAAAGUCUUGUUCAAAGCACCCAUUUCAACGCUGACGGAAUUCGUGUUGGCUUCUUGAUUCCUCUGUCCCAUUUUGUUGUCACCAUUUAGAAUCUCACUACAGUGGCGUACCCAAACGAUUCCCGUCGACCUUGGCAACAACUGUCAUCUUCUUCGCCUGUGCCACGCGACAGUACAGCCUCGGAAGCUUCUUCGAACUACGAAGACCAGCCAUACGUCCCGGAGCAGUACCCAGCUCCAUACACUCUUACUAAUCCGCCGCAUUCCCGCUAUCCAACGGACGCCACAAUGAUGAUGGAGGAGAUUGAUCUGCAUGAUCGGCAAAGGGGCGGGGUACCGCAGGGUGCGACCUCGGUGACAAUCUCGGAUCCAGAGGCAAAACCUUCAAAGAUGGCCUCGGAUCCGAUGGGUACCGGUGGGCCACCUGCUGAUGAUGAGGGAAAUGGUACAUUGAGUAGAGCAGCAACAGCAAUCGGCAACUUCAUGUCAACACUAGAACGGGGCGGGGGACAAAAGGAGGAAGAGCGAAUCAUUUAUCUUAACGAUCCAAUAAAGAACUCGCAGAGCAAAUACUUGCAUAAUAGCAUCUCGACCGCAAAGUAUAAUCUCGUCACAUUUUUACCCAAAUUCUUGGCCGAACAAUUCUCGAGAUAUGCAAAUUUGUUCUUUUUGUUUACUGGCAUUAUCCAGCAAAUCGGCGACCUUUCUCCAACUUCUAAAUUCGGUACCCUCGUCCCUCUGGGCAUCGUGCUUUUUGCAUCAGGAGUCAAAGAAGUGGUAGAAGAUACAAAGCGACAUCGGCAGGAUGCGGAAGUGAAUGCACGAUUUGUAAAGUGUUUAAAAGGAUCCGAGUUUGUACCGAAGCGGUGGCGAGAGGUUCAGGUUGGGGAUAUUGUAAGGAUUGAGAAUGGAGAGUUCUUUCCGGCGGAUUUGAUCCUGCUUAGUUCAAGUGAGCCGGACGCGUUGUGUUAUAUUGAGACUAGUAAUUUGGAUGGAGAAACGAACUUGAAGAUUCGCCAGGGUCUGACAGAGACCGCCGAUGUCCUUACCCCUGAGGCUGUUGCUCGACUACAUGGAUUGAUAAAGUCAGAGCAACCAAACAACAGCCUUUACACGUACGAAGGACUCUUGCGAUUGGGAAACAAGUCCAUUCCGCUGGAUCCACAACAACUACUCCUCCGAGGUGCCCAGCUGCGAAACACGCGCUGGGUAUAUGCAAUUGUGGUGUUUACUGGACAUGAAACCAAAUUGAUGCGAAACGCCACUGCUGCGCCUAUCAAAAGAACUAAAGUAGAGCGUAUGGUAAACACUCAGAUUAUUUUCUUGUUCCUCAUUUUGUUGGCUAUGGCCGUUUUUUGUUCGAUUGGAGCCCUUGUCCGACAGUUAAACAAUCCAUUUGAAAAAACCCUUUUAUUGUACACGUCCAAUGCGUGGGCGAUGUUCCCUCAGAAUAUCCUCACAUAUAUUAUUUUGUUUAACAACCUGAUUCCACUAAGUUUGAUUGUCACCAUGGAGGCGGUCAAAUUCGUUCUUGGUGGAUUGAUCAACACCGAUCUCGAUAUGUAUCACGAAGAAAGUGAUACUCAUGCCGUUGCACGCACGAGUUCCCUGGUUGAAGAGCUCGGGCAGGUGGAUUACAUAUUCUCCGACAAGACGGGCACCCUGACGAGGAAUAUCAUGGAGUUUAAGAUGGCUAGUAUAGGAGGGGUGGCAUAUGCUGAUGUGGUACCCGAGGACAAGAAGAUUAGAGUGGAUGAGAAAGGACAUGAAGUGGGAUACUACGAUUUUAAGCAAUUGCUGGAGCACAAGAAAACGCAUGCAAAUGCGCCAUUGAUCCGAGAAUUUGUUACUUUACUUGCCGUGUGUCAUACAGUCAUCCCUGAAGUGGAUGAGGAAGAUCCAUCCAAUAUCAUAUAUCAGGCCUCGUCGCCCGAUGAAGCAGCGCUAGUAAAAGGCGCUCAGCAAUUGGGCGGUUUUUUCCAUACGCGUCGACCAAAAUCAGUCACCAUCAAACUGGACGGUCGGGAUCUCGAAUACGAGGUUCUCAAUGUGAACGAGUUCAACUCUACGCGAAAGAGAAUGAGUUUACUUGUGAGGACGCCUGAGGGGAAGAUCAAGCUGUAUAUUAAGGGUGCCGAUACUGUGAUUCUGGAACGAUUGGCCAAGGAGGGCAAUGGCUAUGUCGAGCAGACCUGCGGGCAUUUGGAGGAAUACGCCACAGAAGGUUUGCGAACAUUGUGCAUUGCCUACCGUGAUAUCAGCAACGAAGAGUAUGCCAAAUGGGCCGGAAUCUACGAAAAGGCAGCUACAACAAUCAACAACCGACAAGACGAGCUCGAUAAGGCUGCUGAAAUGAUUGAAAAGGACCUGAUACUCAUUGGUGCUACCGCCAUUGAAGACAAGCUACAAGAUGGUGUCCCAGAUACGAUUGCCACACUGGCCUUGGCUGGGAUCAAGAUUUGGGUGCUCACAGGUGAUAGACAGGAAACGGCCAUCAACAUUGGGUACUCAUGCAAGUUGCUGAACUUGGAGACGAGUUUGAUUGUGUGCAAUGAGUCGACCCAUUUUGAGACAAAAGAAUUUUUGGAAAAGAAACUCUUGGCUGUCAAGGCCGGGUUAGGCAUGGGAGCCCCGAUGCGUCGAACGACAUGGUUCGACCGACUAUUGGGUAAAAAAGAGCGUCGAUUUGACAAGGAUGCAGAAGUUGAUCUAGAACCUCUUGCCCUCAUCAUUGAUGGACGGACUCUGGACUUUGCCCUCGAGGAUGACAUCAAGUUCACCUUCCUCGAACUUGCUACCCUUUGCAAGGCAGUCGUAUGCUGCCGAGUCUCACCCCUUCAAAAAGCCCUGGUCGUCAAACUGGUCCGCAAAAACGUUGACGAGAGCGUUACACUCGCUAUCGGAGACGGAGCCAACGAUGUGGGCAUGAUUCAAGCAGCGCAUGUCGGGAUUGGUAUUUCUGGGCAGGAAGGUUUACAAGCUGCUCGAUCGGCCGACUUUGCCAUUGCACAGUUUAGAUUCCUCCGCAAACUGUUGUUGAUCCACGGUGGAUGGGCCUACGCGAGGAUGAGCAAAUUGAUUUUAUACAGUUACUACAAGAAUAUUACCUUGUACCUGAUUCAGCUGUGGUUCGCGAUUGAUAAUGGGUUCUCGGGGCAGACAUUAUUUGAAACAUGGUCUUCUGUCUCCUCCUACAACGUCCUUUGGGCGGUCGCACAGCCGAUCGCUAUCGGCAUCUUUGAUCAAUAUGUUAGCGCCCGCAUGUUGGACCGUUACCCCCAAAUGUACAACCUCGGCCAGCGCUCCAUCUUUUACAACCACAAGGUCUUCUUUUCAUGGCUCGUCAAUUCGUUCUACCACUCUGCGAUGGUCUAUUACCUUUGGCGGGCCGUUGUAUGGAGUUCCGGUGGUGCGAUUAUGGGCGACGGACGUGUCGCAGACAACUGGUCCAUUGGGGAAAUGGUGUAUGCGACGGAUUUGGUAGUGAUUGGAUGGAAGGCUGCUUUGACAGUGGAUAUCUGGGUCAAGUUUACAUGGGUUGCAAUCGUGGGGAGUGUCCUACUAUUCUUGGUCCUGUUCCCUAUUUACGCCAUCAUCGGCCCACUCAUCAAGCUCUCUCCAGAGCUGUUUGGAAUUAACCAAGCCAUGUUUGGCAAUGCAGUGUUUUGGCUCGGUCUCCUCCUCUUCCCCAUCGCCGCCAAUCUCCGCGACUUUACAUGGAAAUACGCAAAACGAACCUACUUCCCCAAAUCCUACCACAUCAUCCAAGAAGUCCAAAAAUACAACAUACCUGAUUACCGACCUCGCAUGGAAUGGUUCCGUAAAGCUGUACACAAGGUCCGAAUGAUACAGAGAUUGAAGCGACAGAGAGGUUUCGCGUUCAGUCAGAAUGAGAGUGGUCAAGCUGGUUUGAUUCGGGCGUAUGAUACGACGAGACGAAAACCGAGAGGAUAAAAUGCUUGACAUUGGAUUCCACCAUACAAACCCUAGGAAAACAAAACAAAAAAAAAAAGAGAAACUAUUAUAUACUAUAUUUCCUUCUUUUUUUUUGUCGUGAUAUCUGCUCUAGUGUCUGAUGCCGCUUUCUUUUUUUUUUUUUUUAUAU